AUGGCUCGCGGCGCAACACGCUGGAGCGUUCUGCUAGGCUCGCUGGCCCUCGUGCUGGCCCUAAUCGCGCCCUUUACCGUAGCUUUAUCCAAAAGGGAUCUGUACCAGCACACAGGUCCAGGUUCCAACGUCCUCGAAACUGAUAACAAUGGAAUGCUGCUAUCCGCCGAAGCUAUCCUCAAUACACCCAUCGUUUUUUACGACAAAAUCUACAACUCGAUAUUCAUAAAUGGAAAUGGCGUUCUCUCAUUCGCUAGGGCCAUGCAAAGGUUUUUCAACAUUGCGUUUCCUCUUGAUGAUCCAGUCAUCUCGCCUCUUUAUACGCAUGUCGAUACGAGAGCUUCCGGAACAAUUUAUUGGAGCGAAACCGAUUCCCCUGACGUUCUCGCCAGAGCAGGGGGAUUAAUUCGAAGCGCCUUUAAGGAUGCCAAUAACUUUAUGCCUACGCACGUCUUUUUGGCCACUUGGAUGGACGUUGGGUAUUACAAUGAGCGAAAUGAUAAGGUGAAUACUUAUCAAGUCGCUAUAUCAUCCAACGGUACGCAUUCCUUUGUUGAACUACUGUACCCGGAAAAUGGUAUACAGUGGAUUCAGGGUGAGUCGCAUCCCAACGGUCUCCCAGAUGCCAAGGCACAGGCAGGAUUCAUGAGCGAGGGCAAAAUGUAUACCCUGAGGGGCUCGGGCACGGACCAAAUUCAGAAUGUCGACAAGUGGUCGAAUGUAAAUAGGCCUGGCCAGUGGUUGUUUCAAGUCGGUCCCAUUGAUGAAGGUGAAAAUAUAAAGACUCCCGAUAAUAUCGAAGACACGAUGACUAUGCAGCAAGCGGCCAGCUGUAGGACCGGCGCCACCACUUGCCACAGCAAAGCGACCUGCAUUGAUUACGAGAUCGGAUUCUGUUGCAGCUGCAAGCAGGGCUAUUUCGGCAACGGGAAAUCCUGCCAGCCAAACGACGUGCCUCUUCGGGUUAUUGGUCGAAUAUCUGGCACGCUGAACGGCGUCGAAUUCCCCUCCAGAGAUCUUCAAUGCUACGUACAAACCAAAGAUGGACGAACGUACACAGCUUUAUCAAGAGUAUCUGAAGAAAUCGGCGCUAGUUUCCAACUUUUGGGCAAUUUGGGUGGCAUUAUUGCCUGGCUAUUCGCAAAACCUGUUAGCGAUACCGAAAACGGAUACGAACUUACAGGCGGCUUAUUCAAUCACACGGCGGAACUAAACUUCCCGUCGAGCGGCGACAAAGUGACGAUACGCAGCAAUUAUCUCGGAUUGGACGUCUUCGGUCAGCUGAAGAUGGAAGCAGAAAUCAUGGGUUCGGUACCGCAUUUGGAAAGAGACACCAGGGUAGACUACGGCGACUAUGACGAACUCUACACUCGUGCCCAACCAGGAGUGAUCCGUUCCCAAAGUGAGCGCACCUGUAAACUUCUGCGUGGAGGUGGAGACGAGAAGGAGAUCAACUUCAAGUUGGAUCAGAUAAUCAGUUAUCAGGAGUGUCCCUACGCUAUCUUUGAUCCUGAAGACGACACGACUAGACUAAAGUUUUUCAGGGGUGUUACUGCUUACGAGAACACCGAGGGCAUCAUUCGAUUCGCCGUCAAUACUAAGAUAGCGCCCCUUGAAGAGGAAGAUCCAUGUAUUCAAGGACGACAAACUUGCGGUGAUCAUAGCUCUUGCGUGGUCGAUGGAGACAGUUUUAGAUGCGUGUGUAACGCAGGGUAUCAGUAUCUAUACGAAGAGGACGGUAGUGCGAUUUGUGUGGACGUGAAUGAAUGCACAGCCGGUAACCACAUGUGCUCCCCAGAUGCUCAAUGUAUUAAUCAAGAAGGUAGCCACAUGUGCCAAUGUAGAGCUGGAUUUACGGGAGACGGUCGUGUCUGUGAAAGAUUGCCGUCUUGUGAAGAUACUCGCUGCGGAAAUUAUGAGCAAUGUGUAAUGAUUGGAAAUGUACCCACGUGCACCUGUAUACCUGGUUUCGAGGAAACAGAACAGGGAUGUUCUCCUUCUCAGCAUGCACCCUGUAACGAGGAGGAUAACUGCUCCCCAUACGGACUCUGUAUUUCCGAUGGGAAUAAGAAGAAACACGUGUGCGUUUGUAUGCCUGGUUACGUCGGCGAUGGAUACACGUGCUACUCCGAAUCCGAUGUCACCACAACAGACGAACCGCCGCAACCGCAGUGCGUGGUUGGAGUAUGUUGGUGUCCAAUUGGUUGGGAAUUCCGUAAUCGUGCCUGCGUAAGGCAGGAGGGAGAAUAUACGACAAUUGAUUAUCGAGAUUUAUCUUGCAACGUGGUGAACAGGUGUCAUCCCUACGCUCAGUGCAUCUACGUGACGAGUACCGGCGAUUACGAGUGCCGCUGCAAUCCGGGGUACGAGGGAGAUGGUAUGGAAUGCAUCAAGACAGAGGUAUCCUGCUUGGAAGUGGAUAUCUGUGAUCUCAACGCGUCCUGUCAGUACGAGGAACCAAUGGCAAGAUGCGUGUGCAAUCCAGGAUACACAGGCGAUGGAACAACAUGCAGUCGUAUCGACGAAUGCAACGACAAUUCCGAGUGCGAGAAGAACGAACAAUGCACCUAUCACCCCAUGAGCUCGCGUUACGAAUGCACCUGCAAACCCGGAUUCAGCAUCGACAAGGAUCAAUGCGUGCCGUCCGAUUGCUCGGCAAAUCUUUCUCAGUGCAACGUGAACGCGCAAUGCAUGCCGUCCAGCGACGGUAGCUUCAAAUGCUCCUGCAUUAAAGGUUUUCACGGCGACGGUAUGCGCCAAUGUGUCGAGGAUCAUAUCGGCUGUAAUGUUUUGAAUAACUGUGGCCGAAAUGCAGUUUGUGCAUACAAUCAGACAACCACGAAUUUCGCGUGCAUUUGCCAACCGGGUUAUUACGGUAAUGGUUUCACAUGUCGGCCACAAUCCUCGUGCAGAGACGAUCCGAAUAUCUGCUCUUCAGAAGCAAAUUGCUUGUCGACCGGUGAGAAUCAGGUCUCUUGCGUUUGUAAUGACGGUUAUAUUGGCGACGGCAUAAAUUGUAAACGCCGGCCGAGGCACGACUCCAAUUUUUUACUGGUAAACCAAGGAAUGGCCACGCAUCGGAUACCAUUCAUGCCCACACGACAGAAUCCAGGAAAUCCGAUCUACAUAGCUUACACACAAAUGGCGAUAGCCCUAGAUAUCGAUUGCCUUGGGGGCAAAGCUUACUCCAGCGAUAUUACUGGCAACAGGAUAGUCGAACUGUCUUAUAACGGAUCGAUAGCAGAGACAUUUAUUCCGAAAGUUAGCAGUCCCGAGGGACUGUCGGUCGAUUGGGUCUCGAGGAACAUCUUCUGGACCGACUCAGGCAAGACGACCGUUGAGGUUGCCAGUCUAGUGACAAAGAAACGCAAAGUCCUCGUUUCCGAUGGACUGGUCAAUCCGAGGGGAAUAGCUGUUCAUCCAUAUCGGGGAAAGAUAUUUUGGUCUGACUGGAAUCGCGCUUCCUCCAAAUUGGAGUGGGCUAAUGAAGAUGGAACAGACCGAGCAAUCUUCCUUCAGGGUGAUUACGUUAAGCUGCCGAAUUCAUUAACUAUCGAUUGGGCGACGGAUGAGCUAUGCUGGGCUGAUGCCGGAACGUUCACGAUAAGUUGUAUUGAGAUAGACAGCAAGAGAGUCACUGUCGUAGCAAAUGAACUUACUUAUCCGUUUGGCUUGGCAAUUUCUCAAAAUCAUUACUACUGGACCGACUGGAAAACCCACAAGAUCGAAGUCGGCAUGAAGACUAAUGGCGAAAGACGCACACCACUGUCUGUUCCGCCAGGUGGAAGUGGAAAACUAUAUGGUAUCGUGGUUGUUCCCGAGUCAUGUCCUAGAGUGACAAAUGUGUGCCAGUACGACAACGGAAGGUGCAACAAGAAUCAGCUUUGUCUACCAGACGGUCAAGGCGGCAGGACGUGUGCGUGCGCGGAUGAUGCGACAGGACCCUGUACUGACUCCCGUUAUUUGUCUUAGAUCCGUCUUCGAUCUUGUAUAGAAAUAAAACAACGCAACGUGUAAAACAAACAACUCGCGUUCGAUAUUACGGUAGCUGAUAAGAAAGUCUUGCACUGGCGCUCACAUCGAGCUAAAUUCGCAAUAACCAUUAGACCAAAUGUAAAUUAUAACGUUAUUCGUAAUAUCAACAAUUAGCUGUCACC